AAUUGAUUACAAUAGAUUAUUAAAUAGUACGCAACUAUUUAACUCGUUAAUAUUUUUUUUAUUUCAAGCAGUGACAUUAUCUAAAAAUGACAGAAGAGACAAAUGUGUCUAUGAAUGAUCAGACAAUUAAAAUUGAAUCACUAGAAUAUUCAGAAGACGUACAUGAUUAUUUUGAUGGUAUUGUUAAGACUGAAUCAUGUUCAGAAGAUGAUGAUACGUGUUUAGAAAGAUUCAUGGAUUCCGAUGUAACAAUUGAAGAAGUUAAACAGGAGAUAAUCGAGGACAACAGUUAUAAAUCUGACAUUUGUAGUAGAAUACCUAGUCAUAGUAAAGAAGGCUCCCAUACGUGUGGUGUAUGCCAUAAGACAUUUAAAAGUCCAUCAGCUUUGUCCAGACACAUGGUUAUACAUAGCGCAGAACGCCCUUUCAAAUGCGAAGUCUGUAAUAAGGCAUUUAAACGAUCAAUUGGUUUGAAAAUCCACACAAUUACACAUUCUGGUGAACUCCCUUUCAAGUGUGAAAAAUGUGAAAGGGCAUUCAACCAAAAAGGCAAUUUGGGGAAACACAUGCUCAUCCAUACAGAAGAGCGCCCCUUUACAUGUGAGAUAUGCAGUAAAAGUUUCAAACAAAUGGCUUCUUUGGAAAUCCACACGCGUAUUCACAGUGGAUUACGACCUUAUGCAUGUGAAAUAUGCAACAAGACAUUCAUACAAUCCCGCACACUGAAAAAACACUUGCGUCUUCACAACGGAGACCAACCUUAUGCAUGUGAAAUAUGCAGCAAAAAAUUCAUACAUUUUAGUGCUCUGAAAAUACACUUGAUUGUUCACAGUGAAGUGCGCCCCCAUGAAUGCAAACAAUGCAACAAGGCAUUCAAACGUGCAAGCAUUCUAAAAAAGCACAUGGCCAUUCACACUUCAGAGUAUCGUUUCAAAUGUGAAAUCUGCAAUCGGACGUUCAAUCAAAGAAGUUAUUUAGCAGCACACAUUCCAACUCAUACAGGAGAACGCCUUUUCGAAUGUAAUAUAUGCCAUGAAAGAUUAGCGCGACUUGAUACUUUGAACAAGCACAUGCUUAUUCACAGUGGAGUGCGCCCCCAUGAAUGCAAGACGUGUGGUAAGACAUUCAGACUGCUAGGUAGUCUGAAACAACACAUUCUUAUUCACAGUGGAGCACGCCCGCAUGAAUGCAAAACCUGUAGUAAGACAUUCAGACUGCCACGUUCUCUGAAAAGGCACAUGCUUGUUCAUUCUACAUAUCGUCGAUAUGACUGUGAAAUAUGUAACAAGGUAUUUAUUCAUCCGAACAGUUUCAAAAGACACAAGAAAACUCAUAGUAAGGAACGUGAUGAAAAACAAUGAAAUAUUAAUAAGCCGAAACUAAUAUAAGUGAAAUAUAAUCGUACUAGAAGUAACAUAUGUUUUGUUUGAAUUGUUAA